UAUUAUCAGGACACUUCACUUCAUGCAUUUUUUAUAGAGACGCUGUAUUGUGAGAACUAGUGAAUUCAGUGAUCUACAAGCGCACACACUAAUAUAUUUGCGGACUAAAGUGGGAUAAGCUAUAUGGAAUCGAUAUCGCUUCUCACGUUCUAUGCCGGCAUUGCAUCGCUCUUUCUCCGAGGAUACACAUUCGAAGACACUGAAGUGAAAUUUGUGAGAUAUGCCUGCAUGUACAAGCACCAUUACGUUCCACAUCACUAUAGCCCGAAAGAUGAGUGCAAACGAAUUACAUGCUCUGUGCAACAAAGAACGCUUAUGAUUGAAGAGUGCGCAGGUGUUGAUUCUUAUAACAGUUCCUGUAGUGCGGGACUGCGUGGGAAAGACCUGGGACGAUUUCCAUUUUGCUGCAACUCACGGAUUCGUCGUGAAAACCAGACUGUCAUCAAAGGUUAUAUUACAUACUAUACCUCCGAAGGAGGCCCAGAAUUUUCAGAGCAUGUGUUUCAUGUAAAGCCAACAGGUAAAUGGAGUGCUCCUACACAAUAUAUUUUUGGCACUUGUAAAAAUGCAAGGAACGAUCACAAAGUCUCGGCCAAGCCGACGGAAGACACUGAUUGGUAUAUCGCGCCAGGGCAAUUCGUUUAUGUGCGAAAUUACGGAACGGGCGACAAAUGGACGCCGGGAAGGGUCAAGGCCAUCACCGGUGCUCGACUUUUGGAAGUGGAGACUGAGGCAGGGAUCGUCCGUCGCCGUAUGGACCAAGUACGAAAGUCCGAUAAGGAAUUGUUCCUGGAGAGCGAUGACACUCGGGAAUCGGCACUACCCGACAACGAAGCGACGACCGAAGACGCCAAGAACGCGUCUGCAAUAAAUGCUGGUACGAAGGACAAAGAAUAA